AUGGCAUCCCUUUUGACAACGCUAGGCCUCCGCGCCUCCAUCAACCCCAACCAAAACCACGGCCCUAUAUUCCUAACAUUCAACUUCAUCUUCGCCUACGGCCUCCUCUCCUCGCGUACCCUAAAACAAUGGUACGGAUUAGACCACCAAGUCUCGCCUCGCGAAGACCUAGCCAAAUACGGCGAGAUUGCUGUACGCGAAGGCAAGAUCACGCGCAGACAGCUGGACAUGCUGAAGCGUAAUGAGUCGGCGCAUGCUAACGCGGUGGAGAAUUUCCCAUUGUUGGUUGCGGGCGUGCUCUUUGCGUCGAUGGCUGGUGUUCCCGCGCAGACGGUUAAUGCUGCGGCGUUAUCGUAUACUAUUGCGCGGGUUGCGUAUGGGGCUAUUUAUAUUCUUGUGGAUCAUCCUACGUGGAGUUGGAUUAGGGCAUUGGCGUGGUGGUGGGGGAAUUCGAGUUGCUUUUUCUUGUUGUGGAAGGCUGAAGAGUUAUUGGGUUGA